AUUAUUUUCUGUUAUUAACAUAAAUGAACCGCAGUUAUUACAAUAAAUCCAACAGUAAUUUAACUCCUGGUAAAACAAAGUCAUAACAUGUAACUUAGAUUUAGUUGUAAGAAAUAUAAUUAAAUUCAAGAAACAUUAGCAAAUAUAUAAGGGAUUCCUCUACUGAAAAUAGUAAAAGAGGAGAUAAUUUAUUGAAUACACUAAUUCAACAAUCUCAAUAAGCUAUUUAAUCAGCUAGACAAUUCAGUAUUGAUAGACCUAUUAAAACAUCUCCAAUUGAAAGGUAAACUAAACCUUAAUCAUUUAGCUCUCCUCAUAUUCAAACAAAAGUAAUUAGUACUUCCUAAUCUUUAUCAUCAUAAAUUAGAAGAAGCACAGAGUAACAAUAAAGAAAUAGUACUUAAUUUGAUAGAUUACUUAAUGAAAAUUGUUCAUUAUUAAUGAGAAUCUAAGAAUUAGAACAAAAAGUAAGAAAUUCAUUUAACUAGUGAGAAUCAAUUACUAUAAAUGAAAUGUUAGUGCAACAAUUAAACCAAUAAAAAAUAAUAAGAAAAUCUACACAAAUAACAUAAUUAAAAUAAAGGAGAUUUAGAUGAAUUCCUAUAAUCACAUCACUGUAAUGAAAAUGAAAAUAGAAUAUUAAAAGAAUUAAUUAAUAGGUAAUCCUCUAUUAUGCAUAUUCCAUCAGUUAUUCAAACACUUUCACUUAUUAAAUGA